AUGCCGCGUUCGCGUAGCAAUAGCCGUUCGUCGUCAAGAUCUGCUUCCAGAGAGAAUUCCCGCUCUCGCAGCAGAAGUCGCAGUGCAUCUAAAUCACGUUCGCCAUCCGUCGACCAUAGACGCCGUGAUAGUGAUCACUCCCCGCGUCGCUCGAGAUCUCGUUCUCGCUCGCGAUCACGCUCUCCACGAGGAUAUCGAGGUGGACGUUACAAUCGCGAGAAUCCGGCUCCGUCGAGAUGUCUUGGAGUUUUCAAUUUGUCGACCUAUACCACUGAACGGGAUCUCCGUGACGUCUUUGGAGAAUUUGGUGAAAUCGAAAGAGUUGAGCUUGUCUACGACAGACCUUCUGGAAGAUCGCGCGGAUUUGGUUUCGUUUAUUUCAACGAUGUUCACGAUGCAACUGCGGCUCGUGACAAAUUGAGUAAUACUGAUCUUGACGGACAAAGAAUUCGCGUUGACUACUCGCUCACAAAGCGUGCACAUUCUCCAACUCCUGGACAGUACAUGGGGGCUGGAGGUGGUCACAGGGAUCGCCAUAGGGAUAGAGACAGCUUCCGUGACCGUGAUCGCGAUCGUUUCGAUCGUGGAGAUCGUUUUGAUCGUGGCGAUCGCGAUAGAUUCAGAUCGAGACGUGAUCAUCACCAUCGGCGUCCUUAUGAUCCCAUGGAUCGUCGUCGUGUUGAUUCGUACGCUACCGGGAGUUUCUCUCGAUCAUCUGAACAAUACAAAUUCCUCGUCGAGCAGAUGCGCGGAAAUCAAGUAACUCAAAGAAGAUUCUCGAAAUCACCGAAUGAGGCUGAAAGUGUCGCUGAUUUGUAUUUAACCUACAUUCAAAGCACACGAAAGCUGAACGAAUUACAGCAUAAAUAUGCCGGCGGAGAGAGAAGUGUCGAAGAAAAUUUGAAAAUGUCUAAAAAAGGAAAAGAUGACGAGAAUAACGGAGCUGAUAAAUACGCAUAUCUGCUCAAACCGGCAAAGGAUCUCAUGGAAAAUUUCUCCAUUGAUAUACUAACGCAUCUCAACAAUUAUUUGAAUGAAAUUCGACAGCCCGAAGAAGGUGAUGAAAUUCGUGAAUAUGAACCUGAAGAAAAUUAUAAACUUUUUGAUUUUGCUCGAGCAUGUGUCGUUGUUCAAGGAACCGCAUCAAUCUACGCCAAAAAAGCCGAUUAUUACAUCGAUGAAGUUUACGCAUUCAUGAAUUUUUUAGACAAUGCAACUGAUAAUGAAAACGCGCAAAAUGCUGCAAAAAGAGGUCGAAGAAAGAAGGUGGAUAUUGGAUCAACUAAUUUCGAUUUACUGAACAUGGAUGAAGUAAAAAUGGAUUUGUUAAGCAAAUUUGAAAAAGUUGAAAAAGAGGAGAAACGAGCGAUUGAUGAUUUGAGACUUGUCGACAAUGCGGACAUUUCUGAAGCGCAAUACGAACGGAAGUAUGUGAUGGCGGUAAAACCUAGUCAAUUCAUGUUUGGAAGGAAUUCCGACCAAUUAAUGAGAACUAAUGAACAAAUAUAUAAUUCGAGAAAAAGACCAGAAGUUAUUGGAAAAAUUCGAGAUUUGGACUUGUGCAAAUCGGAAAUCAACGCCGAACAUCAAAUGCUUCUCGUCGAUUAUUCAUAUAAAAAUUGCAUCUCGCAGUUCACACUGCCUGGUGCCAAAUGGAUCCCAGAUAAUAAAGAACUCGCCGCCAAUUUUGGUGUUGCGGAUAUUGAAGUUGAAUUGGAUUCGGAAGCGAAAAAAGAGAAAAUUAAUGCAUAUGGACCAUUCAAAGAUCCGCUGUCCGGACGCGAUAUCAUCGCGCCUCCACGUUGGUACAUUGAACAAGAAGCAGUCAAGCAACAACAGGAAAAUACGCGGUAUUCUGCUGGAACGAUAAUGGCUGGAAAUCGCGACUCGCAAGGAUUCCAAAUGUCGCAAGGAACGCGUCUUUCACAACCUCUAGUAGAGCGACAGCGAGAUAAUAUUAAUAAUCUGGUGUCUUUUGUUGAAGGCCGUCUUAACAAAAAUCGAGCAAGUACACAUUUAAACACGGGAAUUGUUGAUAUGUUUGUUGAAAAUUUCGGUGGAAAAUCAAUCGAUAAUGAUGAUAAUAUGGAUUAUGGGGGCGGAUUUUCGGAUGAUGACAACAGUCGACACGAGCAAGAGGAUUAUGUGGAAGGAUUGAAGAAACAAUCUCAAAGGCGGCCUCUCGCGCCGUGGAAUGAUUUCAAAAACGAUCCAAUGAUUGGAAAUCUAUACACGGGAGACGAAGAUAUUCGAGUGAGCCAUAAACCGAUCAAAGUCAUUGAAAAGAUGCCGCCAAACGCUGUUGAUAUUUUGAAGCGAAAAUUGGCUAAAGAAGAGAAAAAAGGAACGACGAGGUAUGAGAGUUUCAUGCAGACACAGGAUUACUUGCAAAAUCACUAUUUCUGGAGAGUUGCGGCCAAAAUUAAUCCUGACAAUGAUUGGCGAAUCGAAGCAUUGCGGCCGAAAAUUCUUCGAGAGCAAAAGCGACGAGCUCGUGAAAAAACACAAAAGAUACGAUUGGCUCGAAAUGUGAAUCAGGAUAAAACCAUACGAAGGAGAUGUGCAAAAAUGACUAUUCAAGAAUUCGAAGAUGCUCUUGCAGCAAAAUCGGAUGGUUCUGACGAAAUGGUUGUUGAAACGAUCGAACCAGACGUGGAAUCUGCCCCAAAUGGAAACAGAAGAACUCUUGGAAUGGAAUACGUUGAUGUUGCUGAUGAGGAUUUGGCAGCCGAAGUGGAACUCUCAAUGCUCGGAGCGAAUUACGACGACGAUGAUGAGGACGUGAUGCCCUGCCGCGAAACUAUUCCAUUGCCUACGAACGAUAUCGAUGUUCAACCAAGUUGUUCGACACCCCAGCCACAUAGAUUACGAUUCGAUGAAAUCGACGACAAUGAGCUUGCUUCGGUCGUGAAUUUACCUGGAGAACUUUUCAUUACAAAAGCAAUUCCUUUACUCAAAAAAUAUGCCGAAAGUCGUAGUUUGAAGGACCAAAUGGCUUACGAGAUGGCCAAGGCUUAUGAGAAUAUCGAUGUUAUUACGUCGAAACGACAAGCUGAGAUCGAUGCGUGGCACGAAAAGCUCAUACCAAUGCUGGAGGAAGGUGAAACUCGCAAAGAAUACAGUGUGCAUGAGUACAGCGGACACGUUUUGGAUCGUUUGGAUAAACCAGGGGAAGAAAAAUCGUUCAUCGAACUUGUAUACGAUAAACCGUGGUAUGAAAUCAGCCGAUAUUUCUUAUCAUGUCUUUUAAUGUCGAAUACGAACAAUGUUCGGAUUUCGCAAAGCGAUUCAGACGAUGUCGUUGAACGAUUGAAUAGUUUGAAGAUUAAGCUACUUUCAAAAGAAAGACAUCACGAAGUUUUUGACAAAGAGGGCGCCCUGUAA